AUGACUACACCCUCCAAAUUCAGCACAUGCGGCAACUGGUCGAUCGUUCACAACGAACAAAAUGAGAAGGACGACAAAUCAGCCGAGGACAGGCGAACCCUUGCCCGGACGUGGUCCGUACCAAAGUCCAUGUGUAUUCUGUCCGACACAAAGACAGAGAUGCCAUCUGUACCCGAACUCCUUCCUUCGAAGCUAAGGCUGCCCCAUCUAGGAAGCGAGACGGCCGAACGUGUUUUCCCCAUUCGCUCAGUGGUUUCGUUCGACUCAAAUCCCUCGUCAGCGUUACAUACACCUUCGCUGGAUAAGUUGGAAAGCCCCAUAUCACCAUUCUCCGACGCUUUCUGGACCAGCACUACCGACGAUCAAAAAGGGACCGCACAGACAGCCAGCUCCCGGGAGAAAGACACCGAUCACGGCCCAGUUGCCUCCAAAAGACCGGACUAUUUGUCUCGUAUGCAUCAGAAAAAGACUAGUCUGGAGAGUACUCUCUCGGAACUUGCCAAAGGCUCAACGCCCGGCUCUCCUUCCUUUCCCCAGAUCGGAACCCUCGCAUCUCCAUGUGGGCAACAUUCGGUCUGCAAUCGCAGUCCUGGUGACAUUAUCAGCCUAUCGACACAACUCCAGCAGACCAUUCGCAAAGGAGGAAAUAUCUUGGCUACUCAUGAGCACAUGAAUUGGGUUCUUCACUCACGAGAAGAUGAUAGAGCCGUUACCAUACAGCCGUCCGGGACCCUACUAGUGGUAUCAGGAUCUGGUGGUAAUCUGAACGUCCAAAUUGUGAGCAGCAACUCCAGAGAUAUUAUGGGUUACUCUACGGAUGAACUAUUCAAGCUCGAAUCAUUUUGCAAUAUUAUGUUUUCUUCACAGAAGAACACUUUCCUGGACCAUGCCAGGUUCGUUCUGAGUGACGACUACGAUGUCGAAAGGCUUGGUGCUGAGGUCUUUUGUCUUUCUAUCAUCACCCCGGAAGGCGGUACUCGGAACUUGUGGUGUACCAUGCACACGAGCAAAGCAUUUCAAGACUAUGUCAUUUGUGAGCUGGAGCCAGAUGUUCCAGUAGACAGGGAGGGAAACUUGGAAACAAAGGAUACACAACCAAUGUCCGAGUCUUCGGACAAUGUGUUCAGCAAGACCGAAUCGCUUACGACUUUGCCAAAUUUAGGUGACGGCGAGGUUGUACAAUCUACAGAACUUCUAAACACCCUUCCCAGAAUCUUUCAACGGAUGGCGAGUGCACAGACAUUAGAAUCGCUGGUUCAUCACAUCAUCUUUGCCCUCCAGCAGCUGACAAAAUUCCACCGAGUGACGAUGUACCAUUUUGACGCAGAUCGAAAUGGCAUCGUUGUGGCCGAAGCAGUCGACCCAUCCUUGAACUUGGCCUCCUACGAAGGUAUUCAUUUCCCCGAAUCGACUUUUCCAGAUAAUAUGAAAAAAUCAUAUCUGCGUAACACCGUAUGUUUCUCAUAUUGCAAUGCAACAGAUCCAGCGGAGCUGGUAUUCCGGACAUCGACGAACAAGACCGCGUUGGACAUGAAACACACCUAUCUCUCCACCGCCUCUGCACCCUCCAAGCACCUUGCAGGCACUCCUACCUAUGCCUGCUUAUCCAUUAAUAUUAGUGUUUUCGGCAAGUUAUGGGGCUUGAUAUCCUGUCAGUCCUACGACGCGAGCCAAAAACUCCACCCACUCGUCCAAAAGACAUGCUGGUCCAUUGCUGAAGCUGUUUCGAGCAACAUUGAGCGUCUCUCAUACACUCUUCCAUUUCCAAUGCCAGAUCAAACCGUUGUCUCUUCAGACAGUGAUUUGUCACACAUCAGUGCCCCAUCCGGCGAUCUACUUGGUCUUUUUGGCGCCGACUACGCCGCUGCGUCUAUAAUGGCCGAAACCAAGAUUCUUGGCAAACCGCCGGACUCUCAAGAGGUUCUUGUUCUGAUUGAAUAUUUGAGAGCCAAGCAGCUGGAUACGGUCUUGUGGUCCACUGAUAUCACAGUGGACUUUCAAGACCUGAGUUACUCGCCGGGCUUCCAUCAUCUUGCUGGCUUACUCUAUAUACCGCUGUCUGCUGACGGGACCGACUUCAUCAUAUUCUUCCGAGCCAACUCAGCCGGCGGUCGACAUAUGAGUGAGCAUGACAGAAAAACAACUGUCAAAGUAUCCGAGAAAUCAAUUGAAUGGUCUGCCGCAGAGUUCGGGAAAGCAUCCAUGCUGUCCCUGCUUUAUAGGACAUUCACGGAGAUAUGGCAAGAAAAAGAGGCAGCGAUGCAGAACAACCAGCUCAUGAGACUCCUCCUGGCAAACUCUGCACAUGAAUUUCGAACCCCCCUAAAUGCCACAAUCAACUACCUGGAAAUUGUACUGGACGGAUCUCUCAACCAAGAAACAAGAGAGAAUCUCUCGCGCUCCCACUCCGCGUCCAAGUCCCUCAUAUACAUCAUCAACGACCUGCUGGAUCUGACCAAUGCCGAGAACGGCCGGAGUCUCAUUGAAAAUGAGGUCUUCGACCUCACUAAGACCCUGUCUGAGGCAACGGAUAUCUUUUGGGAAGAAGCGAUGCAGAAACACGUGGAUCUUCAGGUGGUUCAACACUCUUCCCUACCUCCAGUGCUGGGCGACCAACGACGUGUCCGCCAAGUAAUCACCAACUUGAUCAGCAACGCCAUCCAACAUACAUCUACGGGAGCUGUCACAAUUGAGUCUUGUGUACUCUCAGAUUGUGGUGAGCCGGGACAUAUUGCCAUUGAGGUGGCUAUCCACGAUACGGGUUCUGGCAUGUCUCGGGACACCGUGGAGGCACUCUUUUGUGAGCUUGAGCAGGUCUCAAACAAGGGCUAUAUCCAGAGCCCUAACAUUGUCGGUAAUUCCUCCGCUGACUUGUCUUCGGAGUCGAAAUCUGUUCUUGGGCUGGGCCUGGCGCUGGUUGCUAGGAUUGUUCGGAACAUGGAUGGACAGCUUAGCGUGAAGUCAGAAUACGGGAAAGGAAGCUGCUUCAAAGUUAGGCUGAAGUUUCAGGUGUCUUCUGUGGAGGAAAUCCCGGCUGCUCCAAAUGCUUCUUCCAGUGCGGGUACAUUAUCUCGUUCAAAAAGCGAGCACACAGCCAAACCAGGAACAGAUGAACCAUUCUCCAGGGACAAUAUUCAGACGAUCGACAAGCCCAACCAGGAAUCGGACGGUGUCCCAUGCUUCUGUGGUGAAAGUAAUGAGCAAGCUAGCCGUCUCCACGACAAAGACAAGCCCUUCCUGAACGUUGAUAUCUCCUUGGAGUCUGGCGUAUCCACACAGAAAUCUGUGCCAACGUCGGAAACGACCAAGCUGCCAACCCCAGAACCAAACGAGACAACACCAGAAACAUGGCUGAAAUUAUCCUCAUCGCCUGAGCAAGAUAGCCCCUCCGAACUCAAUUUAAAAGAGACUCAACCUCCCGUCAAAGAGGUUCCAGCUGGACAAGCCAAGCCUGCAACAUCGGCAAAAACAACAACAGACGCACCUAAACCCGCUACAUCCCCCGAACCAAACACUGCACAAUGCAAGCUGCACGUUCUAGUCGCGGAAGAUGACCCGAUCAACAGUAUCAUUGUCCGGAAGAGACUUGAGAAAUUCGGACAUUCAGUGCGCAUGACAGGGAACGGCAAGGAAUGCGCCUCUGUUUAUCGAGAGAGUCCUGAUUCGUUUGAUGCAGUGUUGAUGGAUCUACAAAUGCCGAUCGUCGACGGCGUAGGCUCUACGAGAAUGAUUCGUCAGAACGAGGAGCAAAUGCAAGCAAAUACAGAUCACGCUCGAACACCCGUGUUUGCUGUCUCCGCAUCUUUGGUGGAGAAGGACUGGCAAAGCUAUGUUGAUUCCGGAUUCGAUGGCUGGAUCAUGAAACCAAUUGAUUUCCAGCGCGCCAAUGUGCUGCUUGGCGGAGUUAGGUGUGAUGCAGCUCGCGAUUCUUGUAUCUAUCAAGCUGGGCUGUGGGAACAGGGCGGCUGGUUCCAUCGGUCACCUUCAUGGACUGCAGAUAAGGUGGUUGACGAACCACUAAACGGGUGA